UAACCUGUAUAACGUCAAAGAUUCUGUUUAAUUAUUAUAUUUAAAAAUCAUUACCACAAUCAGCAUCAGUGAAAUAGUACUACUGUAUAAUAUAUUUUGUAAAAUAUAUUUCUCCCGAUGAGUGACCUGACGGUUUAAUUUAUGCACUUAUUUCUACAAAAAAAAAACUAAAAAAAGAGAUGUGACGCCUAUGGGUUGUUGUUGUACGAUAUUAAUUUCUUAUAAAACUUGUGAAAUCCGUCUGGUAAAUCUCUGUGACAAGUGAUAAUUCUAAAUUGGUUUUUGUAAACAAACAAUACAAUGAAGAAACAAUUAUUAACCUUUCUAGUUUUAUUGUGUUCGUGUUUGAAAGUGAUUGCCCAAGGUGGCGAUAAAUGUACAUUAAAAGGUUCACGCAAAUCGGCUAUUUGUAAAAUAAUUACAGAUUGUCCAACUGCAGUGGAAGAAGCAAAAUUAGGAAUUGAACAAACGUUGUGCGGAUAUGCAGACGACUUAAUUACGGCCAUUGUAUGUUGCGAAGAAAAGAGAAUCGUAAACGAUAAUUUGCAUAAACAACACCAAAAGAGAAUAAGCCAAGAAAAAUGUGAAGAAUAUAAUAGACCGGUUACAGCCGUCGUCGGUGUUUUACCGCUAAUUUCGGAUGCGGUUCCUAUUACAAUAAAAAAUCCCAAAUGCGAUUAUAACGUUAAACCUUUAAUAGUAGGUGGUGAACCAGCGGAACCAGGAGAAUUCCCUUUCAUGGCUCUUAUAGGAUUUAACACAACAUCUGAACCUUGGAGAUGUGGGGGAACUCUAAUAAGUAAUAGAUUCAUCGUAACUGCCGCUCACUGUACUUACACUACUGACGCCGGCAGGCCAACAGUAGUUCGUCUCGGCGAACUAGAUUUAUCAUCGGAAAAUGACGGUUCUCAAUAUAAAGAUUAUCCUUUAAGAAGAAUAAUAAUCCAUCCUAAUUAUUCGCCUCCUUCCAAAUAUAACGAUAUCGCUCUACUCGAAACUCGAGACGAAAUAAAAUUUACGCAAUUUAUUCGACCGGCGUGUUUAAAUUUAAACAGCGAUAUACAAAACGGUAAGGCUAUAGCCACCGGUUGGGGAAGAACCGAUUUCGCCGCCGAUAACAGCGAGAAACUUAUGAAAGUCACGUUAAACUUUUAUACAAACGAAAGAUGUAAGACGACUUUUCCGAGCGAUGUAUCUCUACCGAGGGGAAUAGCGUCUUCGAUGGUAUGCGCUGGAGAUCUUAAAGGCGGAAAAGAUACAUGUUAUGGAGAUUCCGGCGGUCCACUCGUAGUUACCAAAACUGGAAAUAUGUGCUAUUUUUAUUUGAUAGGAAUAACAUCGUUUGGAAAAUUGUGCGGAUUUAGUAAUACACCUGCCAUUUAUACUAGAGUAUCAGAAUAUAUACCGUGGAUUGAAAAUAUCGUUUGGUAGAUAUUUUUAUACCAAUAUUUUUCUUGAUAAAAUACUAGUUUUAACAUUUUUACUGCUUAUUUAAAAAAGACAUUUUUUGUAGCUUUGACUUUUAUAAAUAAAGUUUAAAUUAUUCACAUUUUAUGAUUCCUAAAAUAAUACACUCAACUAUGAAAUUUUUUUACAACCUUCGUUUAUUAACCCAAAUUGGGUUUCGGCCAAUUUUUCUGAAACUCAGUUAUAGGUUGAACCAAGCUAAUUAAAAGGUACGAAACCCCAAAACCCCCCAACGCGUUCGACAUUAUCCCUGAAGUGUUCGAAAGUAGCCUGGGAGGAAAGGAAUUUGUUUUGGUUAAUUGUUCUAGAAGAUGGCAUAAUGAUAGAUCAAGAUGCAAUUCCAACUUUUCCUACCCUCACAUUAGAAAUGCGAGAACCUUACAGUUGGUAUGUAUCAAAUACGAUUAGCUCUAACAUAAGUUGAAGAUAAGAUUGAAAGAGAUAACAAGACAAUUUGACCAAAAACUACUUGAAUCAGGAUUGCUACGAAUCAGACUCUAUUCAAGAUUUACAAGGACUAAACAUAAGUUUAUGUAUAUAUUAAAUUAUUACUGUAUAUGUAAAGCUUAUAUUAGCUUACUGAAUAGGAAUGCUUUAUUGGUGGAGCAUAGAUCCUAUUUUGUUCAUUUGAUUAUUGGACAUUGGUUAUUUUUAAAUAUUUCAUUUCAUUAUUAAAUGGCUGUGAUGACUUUACCAAGAUAUCAUCAAUAUUUCAAUCAGGGUUGUUGCUGAUUUAGGUUCUUAUUGUAUUAACUGAUGACAAUUUUAAUAAAUUACUUAAUCUAGUAA